AUGUUUUCACAAUCAGUUCGUCGGUUUACACCGGCAAUGGUAUCUCUUCAGUCUAUCCGGGCACCCAUCACCCGGCGCUCCUUCGCCUCCACAGCCACAUUCAACACAUCUUCAUCUGCAAAGCCAAGUGCCUACAAGGAAGGGAUGAACCAAUAUCGAUCCUUCGCCGGCCCCUUUGCCAAGGUCUUCCUGGGCGGCGUGUUCGUCUACCAAGUCCUUUAUUGGACCUGGUUGAAAUUGGAGAUGGACGAGACCAAGGUGGAGAAGAAUGAGAAAGUUGCCGUGCUAGAGAAAGAGGUUCGGGAAAUUACCGAGACUAAGAAAUAA